AUGAAUUACACGCAUAACUCCACUUUCCUGUCCGAUGAUGAACUUUAUGAUUUUUUCAGAUAUCUCCAACUAAAAAAAUAUUUCACUGUGUUCAACUGGAUAACUCUCUGCAUUGAGUUUCCUGUCAUCUGCUGGGCCAUUUUUGCCCUGUGUCAUCUGGUUAAGAAUGACCGAGUUGCUCCUGUUUAUGUCAUAAACCUCCUCAUUUCAGAUAUUAUCCAGCUCAUUGGUAGAGUUGGUUUUUUGCUUAGUACAUGGUUUGGUAUAGUAACCAGUGUUGUGUUCAUGGUGUGCAUCGCUCUGGAGAGAUACCUUUUGAUUGCCCAUCCUCUGUGGUACCGUUGUCGCCGCACUAUCAGACACUCAGUCCUGAUCUCUCUGGUUUUCUGGGUGAUUUCUUUAAUAGCACUACCAAUAUGUGUGGUGUUUGUUCAUUUCCUUGGGCAAGCACAGUUUGUCUUUCUGUUCUACUUCAUCGUCCUUAUCCUUCCAUUCCCUCUUCUUGCGUUUUUCUUGGUGGCCACAUGGAGAGCUCUCUCCCGCUCCACCUCAGUGCCCGUCACAGAGAGGAAAAGGAUUCUGUGGAUUUUGUUCAUUGUCCUGGGCAACUAUGCAGUGCUGUUCAUUCCCUGCAUAGUAUGUACUUUGAUUUUAUCAGUGCAAAAACACCAUGGAUUUAAUCUGUAUGUUUUGAACAUUAUAGCUUUUGCAUUAUUGUUCCUUAGUCCAUUGAUGGAUGCUGUACUCUACAUCUUCAUGAGGAAGGAUGCCAAUGACACUCUGAAGUUCCUAAGCUGCUGUCAGAGACUGAUUGGUCACCAGGAACACAGAGAGGCUGCCACUGAAACAGAAAAUGCUACCAGUGUGUAG